AUGGGCAUUCAUCUCAUGAAAAUUGCAGUAACCCUAACCCUAAUCGGAUUCGCAGGGUUUUUCUUCUGCAGUGUGGUAAGAUGCACUCCAGACACAAACGUGACAAACGUUCUAUGCAACGGAGGGUUGUACACAGCUGGUGAUCCUUUUGCUGUAAGCCUAGCCUAUGUUCUUCAAGAAUUGGAAACUGCCGCACCAGCUCACAAGAACUAUGAUUCCUACAACAUAUCUCCUUACCCUAAUGCGUUUGCGUACGGCCAUGCUUCUUGUAACAAAAACAUCACAGCCCCAGAUUGCACUACUUGUCUUGGUGCUGCAAAAACAGACAUGUCAGUGACGUGUCAAAAUGCGAUAGGCGGUCGUGCAGUUCUGGUUGAUUGUGCAGUAAGGUAUGAGCAAUACCCAUUUACUGACUGA